UCCAAACUAGGGUUUCUGACCUCGUUUCUUUGAUCUCAUUUUAUUUUCAUGUUGAUUUGGGGCUUGCAAAUCGGAGGAGGAGGACGAAAUGGGACUGAUUAACCGUUUGAUGUUUCUGGAAAAUCGAUUUGGAGUCUGCGAAGCUGGUUCACUUUGUCGGUGGCCGAAGGUGUGGCUUGUAUGUAUUCUUCUUUUGGUUCCCUAUUCCAUGAGUGUCUAUUAACAAGUUUUCUCUCUUUAGGUUUCUGGAUACGACUUGUUAUUUGUUUGGGUACAUAGGGUGUUCUUGUUCGUGCGAUUAACAAAAUUGGCUUGCAACUGCGCGGAGCAAAUGGCCGUGAUGAUGCUCCACUUAAAGCCUCAAGUAUUUUGUAGUUUGGCGAACAUCUUUAACCUUCUUUGAACAUCUUAAUCAUUGGUUAGAUCACACCAUGUACGAAUGAUGGGAUCCACAAAAUAUCGUUAUCUGGAUGUGAUGUCCGGAUUUUCUGCUUGGGAGUAAGGAUAGUGAAGCGGCGUACACUUCAACAGGUAAGUGUUGACACUGUCUGAGCAUAGUUGCUUGAAUUGUUGAUCCAGAACCAACUCUUCUAUUAAUUUUUAACCGUUUAUUCAUUUGUGCAGCAGCUUCCUUGAUGGGUGAUGUUAGGGAGAUUCAUUAAUUGGAUUUCGGGCCCUGUCCGAUCUAAUAUGAGAACUGGUGGGCGAGUAACAAAUCUUGUUGUUACUUCGUCUUUGCUUGAAUCUGCUCAUCGACAAGCUUUUCAGACACCUCAAAACGAAGAUGAAGAAGACAACAAAGUUAAAAGCAAAGCACAUGGAAGAGGAGUCUUGACAUGGCCGAAGCGUUAUGCCAACUGCAGCCAGUGGUUGACCGGCCGCCCGCCAACUUCCUCAAAGAGAAUAUGAAGAGGACAACAAAGUUAAAAUCAAAGCAGCCUUGCAAAAAAUGCACGAGGUAUGUCCUCGAAUAGCUAAGAACUCAUUUCCAACUCUCUAGGUUCAUCAAACCAAAAAAUGAACCGUCAAAGGCUACACUGUUUGUAAAUCAACCAAGAUAAAAUAUUCUGUCCCAUCAAAUUUAAAGAACAAAUAAAAAAAACUAAGUACUUUUCAACUCCUUGUUGUGGAUGUGGUUCAACUUCUUGUUUUGGAUGUGUUUCAAAGAUAAAAGAACUUUAAAGAUGUAACUUUUAGCAAAGGCUCUCAUUUAAUAUAUACAGUAGGAUGCAUUAGAUUAAUUUAACUACAAAAACAUGUUGGGUCCGCUCAGAUUGGCAUUCAUAACACAGAGUAGAAGGCUCCACACUAGGUUUUGUAUGCUUAUUUGAUUUUCUUUGCUGCUGCUGAUGUGUCACAGUACUACUCCUAGUACGUAGCCCAGCCUGUUACAAGAGGAUAAAUUAACUCUUAAGCUAUUAGUUACUUCUAACAAUGUCAGAAAUUUGUGAACAAGUAAUUGUGACAUAACCUUCUGUAGUGGCUUAACGUUUUUGUUAGGCUGCACAUUAUUACUGCUCCUGCUGCUUCGUUGCUUCUGAUAUAACCAAAAUAACAUAAUUAAUUAUCAAGACCGUUUAAUUAUAACAAGAGCACCGAAUAUAGAUGCUAAUUACCUUUCGGGGUUGACCUCCUUGGUCAUCAUCAUCGUCCUCAUCGUCUCCCUCUUCUCCAUCAUCUUCUCUGUCAUUGUCCUCCUCCUCCUCAUCUGACUGAGAUUCUGUCACGUCGGCUGGGGGGUUCGUACAAGUGCUCCUAUAAUGCCCAUCCCUUAGCCCAUAUCUUCCACACUUUCUUCUUUUUUUCUUUUGCUGUUUUUUCCCUUCUCCUUUCCUACAACCCUUAAACCUCACUUUAUUUGGGUUCAAUACAUCUUUGAACUUGUCGGGUAUGAAAAUUCUUUCUCUCUCGGCGGGGGUUUUAUUCAGCAUCUCCAACUUGUCGCUUUCUGCUGCCAACACUGCUUGAGCUUGACGAAAAGAGAGAGGAGAGUCUGCCCCCAAUAAGCAAAAUCGCAUACUCAAAAAUUGUAGAGUCCCGUACCGAAUGUUGAAAGUGCUGUCAUCCCCCAUUGCACCUAGUUCUCGAAGAGUGUCUAAUGACUUGGGGUUCUUUGAGCAACGUCUAAGUACCAGCUUUUCAGGAAAAGUCUUAACCUUUUCUUCUUUUAGAAUAAAGAUCAUAUGCGUGCAGGGUAUUCCAGUACUCUUAAACUUUUCACAACUGCACUCCAUAUCGUGCGUUUCAAUGUUGUAUUUCACUUCCACGACCUUCCCUUUGUUGAACAUGGAUAAAGUGUAGAUGUGUAAGUUCCCUUCUUCAGUUUGCUUGUCCUUUAUGCAUCCAAUAACCUUUGCAAGCUCUUUUUCGAAUUUAAGAAAUGCAGCUCUUGAGUAUAACUUAGCUGCACUUUCCUCAAGCGGCAAUAAGAUUGAAUUCUGGACUGGUGAUGCACCGUAAUUCGAUUCAAAAUCCAAUCUAAGCUCUGUUUCCCUCAUAUCCUUGAGCCGACGAUCAUAAUGAAUGAAAAAGUCAAGUAAACUGAUCCUCUCACCGCCAUACCUAGCGACAACUGCAUUUAUGCUUUCACAUCUUGAUGUGGUUGUCAAUCCAGCAGAGAAGUGAGAGCGCAUAUUUGUGUUUGCCCAUUUAGUGCGUCUACCAAACAGUUUUGUGGACACCCAUUGGUUGUUUUGUAGGCUGCAUUCUUCUAUCAAUGCCUCCCACUUUUCCUCAAAUUCAACUAGCUCAUAAUCAGCAGUUACAAACUUGCUCCAUCGGGGUUCAAAUUUCGGACUUUUCUUCACCCUGCUAGUAAUAUUCUUGGACAGAUGCCAUGCGCAUAACCUGUGUGUUGCAUCUGGAAACACAGUAGCAAUGGCAUUCCUCAUUGUUUUAUCCCCAUCCAUGACAACCGUAUGUAGCUGCUUUUCACCCAACAUUUCCUUCAAUAUAUUCAAUGUCCAUGUGUAGGUUGUUUCGGUCUCGUUAGGCAAUACUACACUCCCGAAUAAGCAGGACUUGAAGUGAUGAUUGAUACCUAUAUGCAUUGUAGGAAAACAAAAUUCAAAAUAACAGAAGAACGGGGUGGAUGUAGAAGCUGAGAAAAAACCACUUCAGAAACCCAUUUGGGAUCACCCUCGAUUCAACAAUCAGCCAACAAACGACUAAGAUGGCCAUUGUUAAUAUGACCACCUGCCAACCUAAUUCUAGUUUCUGCUGGCUUGCUAGCUCACUAUUUUAGUGAGAGUUGGCGUCUCACUUUAUAUAAUAGAUCUUGAACUUCAUCUAACUAUUGAAAAAACAAUACAGCUUUUCUUGUCUUCUUCCCUCCAUUAUUCUAAGGCUUGAACUUCGUGGAAAAGAAAAAGGGAAUACAUGCCUAUUUGAACCAAAAGGGCGAUCAAUUAACCUCCAUUAGACAAGUACAGUAAAUACAAAAUACGUAUAUAGGGUGCUCUUACCUAUGAAAAUAACAAGGGGCAUAUUGUAAAUGUUUUUCCUGUACAUCGUGUCAAAUGCGAGCAGCAAACCAAACCAUGAAAUGUCAGCUAGGCUAAUGUUGUCUGCCCAAAAUAAACUCUCUAGCCUUUUCACAUUGUCAAUAGUGUAUCGGAGGAUGAAGUGUGGGUCCGUGCUUUUCUUUGAUUCCAAAUAGGCAAGUGUUGUAGCUGCAUCACCCUCGCUGUUCCUUUCAUUGUGAUCUAUGCUGCUGAAAUUAUACCCAUCUUUGACUGUGUACCCAAGUUUGUGAUGCCCUCCAGCAGUAUGAAUAGCAAGUCGCAUCACCUGGGAAGGUUUCAUAUCGGCAUCCUUUUUAAAUUGAAAAUCCUCUUUGUCUGCCUCUGUUAAACCUCGAUGCGAUCUUAGGUGAUGUGUCCAAUUAUGUUUAGCUAGUUCAUGACUGUGUUGUACUUCAAACUUAUCGACUGCCCAUUUUCCAUCAUUUUUGUUCAAUGCCACCCGCAUCCUUGCUUUGCACCCAAAUCUGGUCAGCAUGGGAGAUUCUCGCUUUUUGUCCCCUUUCCGUGGGGCUCUCUUUCCAUCACAGGAACACACGAAAGCUGCACUAGUAACCUCUCCCUUGGUAUUUUUAGCUGUUUUUGAGCGCCUAACAGAAAACCCCCAAGCCUUUUCAUAUGCAUUGUAGAAUGUAUAUGCUUCUUCACGAUCAUUGAACAGCUGACCGAUAAAAGGGCAAUUUUCAAGCGCACCUCCCAUCCUUGUUUGUUCUCCAUUAGAGGCAGCAUUGGUUACCGUUUCUGUUUCCUCUAAUAUGACAGUAUCAUCUGCUUCUGACUCAUUAGCCCGAUCUUGAUCUUCUUCCAUUGCUUCUAAUAUUACAGUAUCAUCUGCUUCUGACUCAGUAGCCCGAUCUUGAUCUUCUUCCAUUGCUUCUACCAAUAUUUCUCGUUUUAACGUAUCGGCAAAGCAGAAAAAAGAGGAGAGGCUAGUUUUAGGGCGGAGGCGGCUAGCAGACGUGAGUCUUGGGGUUUAUUUCUCUUUAUGCGAUUUCGUGGGUGAUUACUAAUUUACCUUUAGUACUUAACUUUUUGUCUACUUGCUAAUCAUUAUAAAAUACUUUAUUUUUUGUCUACUUCCCUGAUUGUUAAUUAUAUUCGGAAAACUUUCUUUUCUUUAUGUUCUCUCGCAGAGACCUGAAUCUGUAAAAGUUGAUGUUAUGGACAUUAAUGGUGCAAGGUUUAGUAUCAGCUUGUUGGGGCUUUCAGCACGGGUUUUCCAGCAUGAGUUCGACCAUUUGGAGGUGCUGAGAAACGAAACAAAAGAAUGACAGAGGGAGAUGUGGGGAAGAAGAUGAUUCACGCCUCCCGAAUACGGCGUUGUUUUGCAUAAAAAUGUCGUAACCAG